AUGUUUGUCUCGAGUGAUAGGAAAUCAGAGUUUAAGACGGAAUCCAUUGCCAGAAAAGUCGAUGACUUGAGCGAUAGGAUUGAGUUAAAGUCUGCACACAUUGAGAUCAAGUUCGAGUCGACACUCAAUAAAAUUGUCGACAAAUUGGACUCAAUUGAGAGACACAUCGACCGGACCGGCGAAGAAGUCUUCGAGAAGUUCUCCAAAUACGACGAAAGACAUACAGUGUUUGAAUCGCACGUCAAGUCACACAUCAUUAACAUCGAGAGUCUUGUGAAGCAUUCAUUGGACGCCAACACCAAAAUCAAAGACAUUGUCACCUAUGACUUCCAGUCGGUUGACAAUAUGGUUCAGACACUGAAAGACUACAAACAGGACCACAAUUCUGUGAUAUCAAUACUCUCGACAGUCGCCAUACAGUUACAGAAUUACACAACACUUCAUACACUACAAGACACGGGCUUUCGAGAUAAUAAUCACAAGAAGUGUGACAAUUGCGGUACAAAUAGCGCCAAUAGUCCGACAAAUGGUCGUUCAUUAGACGACAAUACGACUGCCGGAACCGAUGGCAAUGAUAUCCGGGAAGUGUCCUCAACGGUGGAACAGUUGAGACAACAACUGGCUGUCGAUGAAAAACUAACACAACUGGACGUUCACGUGGACUACUAUUCCCGCAAAAUAAUUAACACAAUCCAAGAGAUAUGGCGAUCGUCGCAGACGUCGGAGGAAUAUCUUAAAGUAGCCAUCGAUACGGCCAACAAAACCCGAUCCCUUAUCCGCCAAGAGCUCCAUCGACUGCAAGAACUAAUCGACGGUUCGCUGACUAAGACACCAGACUUUUCCGAUAUCCGGGAACCGUUGGAGCAAAAGCUGUACCACUUGUCCACAACCAUCGAUGACUCGUUCAACGCUUUGAUGAUAUCGCAGAACUCGUUCAUCAGUUCCUGUAAUCGGAUCCAAGAGGAAGAGGAACAGCUGUACGACGUGUUGGACGACAUGUUGGUUGAGAUCAGAAACAAGUCGAGUGUCGACAUGACAGCCGUCAAAGAGUCCAUCGAUGGUCUCCGGAGUCUUAUCAACGAAUCGACGGCUCGACUCCAGACACAGAUCGAGAGAACUGAUGAGCGAAUAGUGACCGAAAUUAUGAGACAAAUUCACAGCAAUUCUUCGGCGACUGUCGCUCACGAGGAAUGCUUUCUAACCAGAAGUCAAUUGAUUAGUGUCUGUCGUAGGGAUCGACACAAUAGCACAAAGAAUAGCGACACAAAUGAUGAACAAACCGACGAAGAAUUGCCGCCAAAUCGUCGAUAA